CGGGCCUCUAGGCUUAGGCCGCCCUAGCUCCAGCUAUGUGUGCAGCCCCAGGUGAUCCUGGUGCGCGCGAGCCGGGCGCUCACCGCACCUGGCUGCUUCUCGUCCCCAGGAGCUGUGUGUGGGCUGGCGCCUCCCCGCGUGGGUCAGGCAGAAGCGCCUGCUGCUAUUGUCUGCCCCUGUUUCUGAGGCAGGGCUCCGUGCGGGUUUGUCCUCCCCCGCAAAUUGGCCUAGGGCUACAAUUUCCGAAGGGCCCCGCCUCUGAUUUAAGGUCGUACCCCCUGCGGCCCCUAAAGAAAUGACUUGCUGAUGGUGUGCCGUCAGUUGAAUAUGGAGGAGUCUGUUGCUGAGAUUAUGCACCAACUAGGAGCAGAUGAAAAUGGGAAGAUUUCCUUUCGGGAUUUUACUCGGUGCCGCAUGCAGCUUGUGCGAGAAAUCAGGAAAGAGGAAGUGGAACUUUCCGUGAAAUCAGAUGACUCUUGUAAAAAGAAGUUGUUAAGGGACAGAAUAGCCUCCUGGCCAACGAGCAGUGAUAACAGUUUGGGUGCCUUAUCAGGUGCUAGAGAAAGCUGGGAAUAUGAUUCUGGUGCAAGAGACCUUCAGAGUCCUGACCUGCAGAGCCAUUCUACCCUACAGAAGCUCUUGGAGUAUGGAGGCAGCAGUAUGAGUCGUCAAUCUGCUCUGCAGAAACUGCUAACACAGGCCUCCAAUCUUAGCAACUCAGUUGGAGGAAGCUAUUUAGAGCUUGCCAACACUGUUCCCAGCCUUGGCAAGACAAGUCUUGUAAUUUUGCUGGAGCCAAGACAGCUCCAUUUAGCAGCCCUGGCAUCACUAAAGGGAGAUAUAGUGGAGCUUAAUAAACGUCUGCAGCAAACAGAAAGGGAGCGGGACCUGCUGGAAAAAAAAUUGGCAAAGGCGCAGUGUGAACAGUCUCAUCUAAUGAGAGAGCAUGAAGAUGUACAGGAGCGAACAACACUACGCUAUGAAGAACGAAUCACAGAGCUUCACAGCAUUAUCGCUGAAUUAAAUAAGAAGAUUGACCGACUACAAGGAACAACAAUAAGGGAGGAAGAUGAAUAUUCUGAACUACGAUCAGAGCUCAGCCAGAGCCAGCAUGAGGCUAACGAAGAUUCACGCAGCAUGGACCAGGAUCAGACUUCUGUUUCAGUACCAGAGAACCAGUCCACUAUGGUCACUGCUGACAUGGAUAACUGCAGUGAUUUGAACUCCGAACUGCAGAGAGUGCUGACAGGGCUGGAGAAUGUAGUCUGCGGGAGGAAGAAGAGCAGUUGCAGUUUGUCUGUAGCAGAAGUGGACAGACACAUUGAACAACUCACCACUGCCAGCGAACAUUGUGAUCUAGCUAUUAAGACAGUGGAGGAGAUUGAGGGUGUGCUGGGACGGGAUCUGUAUCCAAACCUGUCUGAAGAGAGAUCUCGGUGGGAAAAAGAGCUGGCUGGUCUGAGGGAAGAAAAUGAGAGCCUCACUGCUAUGCUGUGCAGCAAAGAAGAGGAGCUGAACAGAACCAAGGCCACCAUGAACGCUAUCCGGGAAGAAAGGGACAGAUUACGCAGAAGGGUUCGGGAACUGCAAACACGUUUACAGAGCAUCCAGGCAACAGGCCCAUCCAGUCCAGGUCGUCUCACUUCCGCAAAUCGACCCGUGAACCCCAGUACUGGAGAGCUGAGCACAAGCAGUAGCAGCAAUGACAUUCCCAUUGCCAAGAUUGCUGAACGAGUGAAGCUCUCAAAGACAAGGUCAGAGUCUUCAUCGUCUGACCGACCUGUCCUAGGAUCAGAAAUCAGCAGCAUAGGGGUGUCUAGCAGUGUGGCUGAGCAUUUAGCCCAUUCUCUCCAAGACUGCUCCAACAUCCAGGAAAUCUUUCAGACACUCUAUUCACAUGGAUCUGCUAUCUCUGAAAGCAAAAUCCGAGAGUUUGAAGUGGAAACAGAGAGGUUAAAUAGCCGUAUUGAGCACUUAAAAUCCCAGAAUGACUUGUUGACAAUAACGCUGGAGGAGUGCAAGAGCAAUGCUGAGAGGAUGAGCAUGCUGGUUGGGAAAUAUGAGUCCAAUGCCACGGCACUCAGACUUGCACUGCAGUACAGUGAACAGUGCAUAGAAGCAUACGAGCUGCUGCUGGCUUUGGCAGAAAGUGAACAGAGUCUCAUUCUUGGUCAAUUUAGAGCUGCAGGCAUUGGGUCUGUUGGGGACCAAACAGGUGAUGAGAACAUUACCCAAAUGCUCAAGAGAGCUCACGACUGCAGGAAGACAGCUGAGAAUGCAGCAAAAGCCCUGCUGAUGAAGUUAGACGGCAGCUGCGGGGGAGCCUAUGCGAUCACUGGCUGUAGCGUACAGCCCUGGGAGAGCCUGUCAUCCAACAGCCACACCAGCACUACCAGCUCAACUGCAAGUAGCUGUGAUACGGAGUUCACAAAGGAGGAUGAGCAGAGGUUGAAGGAUUACAUCCAGCAGCUGAAGAAUGACAGGGCAGCAGUCAAGCUGACCAUGUUGGAGCUGGAGAGCAUCCAUAUCGAUCCCCUUAGUUAUGAUGUCAAACCUCGUGGAGACAGCCAGAGGCUAGAUCUGGAAAAUGCAGUACUGAUGCAGGAACUCAUGGCAAUGAAGGAGGAGAUGGCAGAGCUUAAGGCACAACUGUACCUGCUAGAGAAAGAGAAGAAAGCACUGGAGUUGAAACUCAGCACUCGAGAGGCUCAAGAGCAGGCCUAUCUAGUUCACAUUGAGCACCUGAAGUCUGAAGUAGAAGAGCAAAAAGAACAGAAAAUAAGAUCUCUCAGCUCCACCAGUAGUGGCAGCAAAGACAAAUUGGGCAAGGAAUGCACAGAUGGGACCACAACACCAUUAACCCUAGCUGAGCUGAGACCAUAUAACGACAGUGAACUGGCUGCAGAACUGACAAAUGCACUCAGACGAGAGAAGAAACUGAAAGGGAGAGUGCAAGAGUUAGUGAGUGCCUUAGAGAGACUCACGAAGAGCAGUGAAAUCAGACAUCAGCAGUCUGCAGAGUUUGUUAAUGACCUGAAAAGGGCAAACAGUAACCUUGUGGCAGCUUAUGAAAAAGCAAAGAAGAAGCAUCAAAACAAACUGAAGAAACUGGAGUCUCAAAUGAUGGCCAUGGUUGAGAGACAUGAGACUCAAGUGAGGAUGCUCAAACAAAGAAUAGCAUUGCUGGAGGAGGAGAACUCAAGACCUCACACCAAUGAAACUUCGCUUUAAAAUAAAUGAUGACAAUUAGUGCCAUUAAAAACCAGUUUUUUUUUCCUUUACUGAUUUUAGGUAGUGAACACUAUUAAGGAUCUGAAACAUAACAGGCAUAGUUCAGUCUUGUGGCUUUGUCAAGUCAAGCCAGGAGGAAUGGGGAGACUAUUUUGGCAAAGGAUUGUUUAUUGAUCACUGCUUGAAACGGACAGUGUCUGAAGGUAAAGUUUCUGGUCAUACCAAGGUUACAUUCACAGUAUAUGUGAUUGUCUAUAUACACACACAUGCAGGAUUAUCGCCCAUCCUCAAAUCCUAAUGGGUGGCAGUCCCUCCACACUUUUUUCAUUUUAAUCUUGAUGCAUUCCCUUGCUUUUAAUUUACUACUAAAACAAUGCCAAAAUAGCCCUUAUUCAGAUGCUUUUGUAUGUUUGUUUGGACACAGACUAAGCCAGUUUGAUAAUCUCCCAGCCCCCAUGUUCUCUUUGUGCUGAAAUCUUGCAGUAAGAUUUGCUGUUACAUCUAUUGUAUGUACAUGUUUGGUGAGGGGAGGUGUGCAAGAUGACAGCCUGGUUUGUACCCUGCACCAAACUUGCAGUUCUCGACACACAAUCCAGCAGGUGUAGGAGGAUAACUCCUGCUAAUUCAGAGGCAUUUUACCCAGGCAGCAUUCCUGAACACAGCAACUAGAAAGCUCUUGCUGCAAGUCUACAAUGCUGUUUUAUUUCUUAUGCCUUUACAGGCUGUAUGUGGCCACAUGCUUUCUAUUUACAGUCUAGGGGCCAAGAUUGGGUAGGAAGUUACAAGGAAGUUUUUGUCCUUCAUGUUAUAUGGUAGUGCUGACAGUCAAUUUAGAAAAAGUUGGAUUUAUUUUUCUAAAAUACAUUAUAGACAAGGUUUUCCUCAAAGCAGCCUCUGUCAGGUGCAGAGUAAUAUUAGACCAGCAUAAUGUUCCAUUCCACCUGUGUGUGACCAAGAGGCAGAAACCCUCUCUGCACUUAUUUAUAUAAAUAAGUUCCUUUUUGGUCAAUAUAUUGUAAGGAAUGUACCUAUUCAAAAUUAAAAUAAAUGCACACGAAUGUGCAUAUACAUAUAGACACACACACAAAAUGAGUGAGCAAAUGGCUGGCUCGCUCUUACAGUGAGUAGAAGUUAUAUGAACACAGCCUACUGCUGGCUGUUGUAAAAUUACAUUUAUAGGCUAUUUUUUAGUAAGUUACUGUUAUACUGUGUGGACUCUGUUCAAGCCAGUCUGUUUCUCAUGUCAUACUAGCUAGCACAUGGUAAGACUGAAUGGGUCUGGUGUUUUUAGUAGAGGCUGAGUGAAUCAGAGAGAUCAGGUUGCCACCUCUAGGAAGCAGGUGUAGUUUCAGGCAUGGCACUCAUCCCAGCUCCCUUGGGCCUUGUUCACAGGACUUUUGUUUUCUCACUGUCUCUGAGAUUGUCUGAGCACUUAAAAUAAAACAACCCACCCUCAUUAGUUUAAUAGUGUAUCAACCUGGAGUCAGUUAACUUUGUUGUUGUUGUUAUUACUACAGUGCUGAUAUGUUAGUAUUGGUCAAGACUGAGGUGCUUUCCUUGGCAAAUAGAUUUUCAAAAGUCUGCUGUCAUUCCCAUCUGUCACACAGGAAUUUGUUGGUUUUUUUUCUGUUUUGUCUUGAGUUUCCUAGACAUGUUUAAAGUGAUGUGAAUUUCUCUCUAAAGGCUUCUUUAGCUUUUAAAGUAUUUCUAAAGAGCUGUGCCUAUGGUUCUCUAUGCUGAGUAACGCUUGCCUAGACUAAGCCUUUGGCCUUCCUAGCUGGUAUCAUGCUUUGCUGCUUCUAGAUGUUAAGCAGGCACAAUGAGGGGAUUUGCUUUCAGGUUUUUAGGGAGCAAGUUAAAAGCAGCCUUAGGUGAGAUAUAAACUUGAAUGGUUCUUAAUGUUGGUUUCCAAUGCUUUCCUUUGGCAACUGCUGUCCUCUUUCCAACUCAGUGAAGGUUGAGUAGCAAAUCUGAGACAACAUAAGCUGCAACUAUGCCAAACCUAGCCUCCUGGCUACACCAGCAUAAAUGAGAGAGACAGCAUUACUUACAAAUGAAGGGCCACCUAGUAGAGCCCUGCUACCUGACUUGCAACCACAGGGACCCAACUACAUGUGUUGGGUCUGGGUCAGGUGGGAAAGCAAGCAGACCCUUAGGGAGUUAGGUUGGGAGUGGCUUUGUGCUCACAGUACACACAGCGCAGCAGCGAGGAGCAGAGUUUAAGAUCAGUGCAUGAAGCCCUCCCUGAACAAACCCCAAGGCAGGAGGACAGCUCGGCAGGGUUGCUGGGUCAAGUCAGAAAACAACUCGAUCCUUUCAGGGUGGAUGUGUGUCAGGCUUAAACAUUAGGCCCAAACCAACCACUACCACCUUUUAGUUUGGGUGGGGCCAAUCCUCUUUACCCACAGAACUGUAUAAUCUCCCACUCUGAACUGCAAAUGAAGAUUUUUGCAAACCCCAUUAUCCAAGCAAUAUUCAUAUUGAUUUUCCAGUGUCUAAGUGCAGCUUUGUCCAUAGAAUUAUUUUGCUAAGCUAGAACUGUCCUUCACUGCAGUGGAAAGCUAACUGUAGUUUGAAGAUAAACAUUUUUUUAACAUUGACCCUGCCAAUAAAUAAAUAAAUAAAUAAAAUUUAUUUAUUUAUUUAUUUUGCCCACAAGUGUCCCCAACUGUGGAAUUUUUUUCCUGUGUUCCAUUUCCCAUGAUGGCUGGCUGAAAAGAGCUUGAAAGGAGGAACCCCUCUUAAACACAGCUUCUUCUGCCUUGUUUUAAAGUAGUUUCUAUAUUUUGGGUCCAGUCACUAAAAUAAGUGUUUUGUCAUGGGACUUUAGUGGAAGUAGAAUCAAAGGAUAUGCCUGUUUAUCAUUGGGAAAACUUUGCUGGUGCUGAAAGAAUGUGUGCAACCCUAUUUAGAAAUGAUAGUGUGAGAGAUGCACUAAGCCAGUUCCCAUAGGUUCAAGGACUCUCAAACCAUCAACUUUGUUACCUGCUUGAGAUCAGCCCUACAUUAGGCAGCAGUGUUCAAAUCCUUAGGGUUAAGUCUAGAUUAAGUGGCUAAAUAGGUCCAAAAAAUUUAGUCCCCUUACUCAGGCAAAGCUUUAGCAGGCGUUUUGGAUAAGUAAAGGCUGCAGCUGCUUGCUUAUACUAAAAUGUCCCAAUCAUUUGCUUAACCCAUUUAAAAUAUGCAGCCAAAGCUUUUGUCUGGAGCAGUUUGGAUUAACUACAUAUCACCAGUUAGCCUCCUUGUUUAUGGUUCAUUAACAAAAUUCUGUGUAAGCUAAAGCAAUCUCCAUGCUGGAAAAACGUAUUGGUGCGGGAGGCAGCCACUGCUAGGGCCUGACACAAGCACUGAGGGCUGAAGUGCUUAGCUGACUUAUUUAUAUAU